UUCUCUGGAAUUGGGAGAUACUACUUCUCUCCGAAGUGAAUUUAAAAUGGAUGAAAUGGAAGAAGAAUUAAAAUGUCCUGUCUGCGGAUCUUUUUUCCGGGAGCCGAUCCUUCUACCGUGCUCCCACAACAUUUGCCUGGCUUGCGCUCGGAAUAUCCUAGUACAGACACCAGACGCCGAAUCUCCACAGAGUAGCCGUGCGUCUGGCUCGGGGCUAUCUGAUUAUGACUAUCUAGACCUGGAUAAAAUGAGCUUGUACAGCGAGGCGGACAGUGGAUAUGGCUCGUAUGGUGGAUUCGUAAGUGCCCCGACCACCCCUUGCCAGAAAUCCCCAAAUGGUGUGCGUGUAUUCCCCCCUGCCGGCCCCCAACCUCCUGCUCAGCACCACUUACUAGGAGGACACCAGGGCUCUCUACCCCCUAUCCCCCGGAACUCCUGCAUCACCUGCCCGCAAUGCCAUCGCAGCCUCAACCUGGACGAAAGGGGGCUCCGCGGGUUUGCCAAGAACCGGGUGCUGGAAGGGGUUGUGGACCGGUACCAGCAGAGCAAAGCAGCCGCCCUCAAGUGUCAGCUCUGCGAGAAGAGUCCCAAAGAGGCCACUGUGAUGUGCGAGCAAUGUGACGUGUUCUACUGUGACCCUUGUCGCUUGAGGUGCCACCCUCCCCGAGGUCCGCUAGCCAAGCAUCGCCUCGUGCCCCCGGCGCACGGCCGGGUAAGCCGUCGGACAAGUCCCCGGAAGAUCUCCACCUGCACGGAGCACGAACUGGAGAACCUGAGCAUGUACUGUGUUCAGUGCAAGAUGCCGGUGUGUUACCAGUGUUUAGAGGAAGGGAAGCACGGAACACAUGAAGUCAAGGCUCUGGGGGCAAUGUGGAAACUACACAAGGGCCAGUUGUCCCAGGCCCUCAACAUCCUGUCUGACAGAGCUACCGAGGCCAAGGAGUUCCUGGUUCAGCUGAGGAACAUGGUGCAGCACAUCCAGGAGAACGGUGUGGAGUUCGAAGCCUGUCUGGUGGCGCAGUGUGACGCCCUCAUCGAUGCCCUGAACCGACGCAAGGCCCAGCUGCUGACCCGCGUCAACAAGGAGCAUGAGCACAAGCUGAAGGUGGUGAGGGAUCAAAUAUCUCAUUGUACAGUGAAGCUGCGCCAGACAACAGGCCUGAUGGAAUAUUGUGUGGAGGUCAUCAAGGAGAACGACCCCAGCGGGUUCCUACAGAUCUCAGACGCCCUAAUCAGGAGGGUGCACAUGACGGAGGGCCAGUGGGGGAAGGGAACCCUGACCCCCAGGAUGACCAGUGACUUUGACCUGACCCUGGACAGCGGGCCCCUGUUACAGACCAUCCACCAACUAGACUUCGUACAGAUGAAAGUCCCAGCAGCCCCCAUGCUCCAGCUGGAGGAGUGCUGCACCAUCAACAACAGCGCCACGUUGUCAUGGAAACAGCCACCUCUCUCCACCAUCGCAGUGGAUGGAUACAUCCUGGAGCUGGACGACGGCAAUGGGGGACAGUACAGGGAAGUGUACGUGGGGACGGAGACGAUCUGCACGGUAGAUGGACUCCACUACAACAGCACCUACAUGUCCAGGGUCAAAGCCUUCAACGACAGCGGAGUGGGACAGUACAGCAAGAUACUGGCCAUGCAGACCUCCGAGACGAACCUUUUUAUCUGUCUGUUUGUGUGUCUACUUCUUGUAGUUGCCUGGUUCACCUUUGAUCCCGCGUCAGCCCACCCUGACAUCAUCCUCUCCAAUGACAACCUGACAGUGACGUGCAACAGCUACGAUGACAGGGUGGUCAUGGGUAAUUCAGGCUUCUCCCGCGGUGUGCACUACUGGGAGAUCACGGUGGAUCGCUAUGACAACCACCCGGACCCUGCGUUUGGGGUUGCCCGCGGCGACGUGCUGAAGGACGUGAUGCUGGGAAAAGACGACAGGGCCUGGGCCAUGUACGUGGACAACAACCGCUCCUGGUUCAUGCACAACAACUCACACACCAACAGGACGGACGGGGGCGUCGGUAAAGGGGCUACAGUAGGAGUGUUGUUAGACUUCACCAGAAGGGUCCUCAUCUUCCUCAUCAACGAUGAACAGCAGGGUCCUGUGGCCUUCGAAGGCAUCGAGGGGCUCUACUACCCUGCUAUCAGCCUCAACCGAAACGUACAGGUGACCCUGCACACCGGCCUGCCCAUUCCUGACUUCUACACUCCAGGGGAAGCAGACCUGUCUGGCUCAGUGUGUUAAGGAGUUGAAUCAGCACGGCAGUGAAGCAAGACAAGACAACGGCUUCGUCCCAAAUGGCACACU